CCAAUCCUCAGGUUAAUGCUUAAUCUGUGUAUGACCACUUAAUUGCAAAGACUCUGCCCCAUUUAUGGUUGGGAGGGCCUUUGGAAGCAGAUACGCUUUGAGCAUAUUGCAGUCCGGCGGGGGAAGUUGUACAGGUCAUUUUAGUCGACCAGCUUUGCAUAUCUUCCAUCCAGAAAGCAGGAGCUUCUGGGACACACCAAAGCGACAGAGGAAGAGGACGAAACCAACAUGGCGAAAGCGAUAUAUGUGUCCAAGGUCUUCGCCGUCAUCACGGUCACCCUGACCGUCUCAGCCAUCGCGGGAAUCAUCACCAUGAUGAUUGUUUACGAGGCUCAGAUCGCCGGGAUGGAUCCAACACCUCGGCCAACCACCCUACCUCCAACUACGCUCCCCACAGGCCCUCCACCGGACAUGCGGCUUCCUGGGAACCUGGUGCCCAAAAGCUACAAGCUCUUCCUCCAGCCUCAUCUGUACCCCAGCCUUAACAUGAGCGACGUCAACGCAACGGACCAGAUCAAUGUCUUCACCGGGAACUCCACUGUGUUCUUCCAAUGUGUCGAGAAAACCAAGACCAUAAUCCUUCACAACAAAAACUUGACACUUCUCGGGCUGAUUGUGACCGACGGCGACUCAGGAAAGCUGCUCCCCUUUGUCAAGUACUUGCAAUACGACGAUUGGACCGAUUUCCUCGAGAUUCAGAUGUCUGACGCACUUGCAGAAGGCGGAAAUUAUAGUUUGUUUGUGGAUUUCCAGGGUGAGAUGGCAGAGGACUUGGAAGGUUUGUAUGUAAGCACCUACAACGAAGACGGCCUAAAGAAAUUCAUCGCCAGCACCCAAAUGGAGCCCACCAGCGCCAGAAAAGUUUUUCCUUGUUUUGAUGAACCGGCGAUGAAGGCUACAUUUGAUGUCACCAUUAUCCACAGACAACCAACGAUUGCACUGGGAAACUGGCCAAAGUCUGGUUCGCGCUUAAUAGACGACGACUGGUCGGCCACCACAUUCUUUGCCACAAAGCUGAUGUCCACAUACCUGCUGGCCUUUUCAGUCUCAGAGUUUCCUUAUACCGAAAACCCUAAACCGAACGUCAAUGGAGUGAAAAUCAAAACGUACGCACGGAAAGAACUUAUUGAAGCUGGACACGCUGUGUAUGCAACAAACAUCGCUGACAAGCUUCUCAACUACUACGUGAAACUAUUCAACAUUACUUACCCUCUUCAAAAGCUGGAUCAGUUUGUUGUGCCGGAACAUCGCGCUGCAGCCAUGGAGAACUGGGGUCUAAUCAUGUAUGAUGAGUCUGCAGUGCUGUUCGAUAGCAAAACCUCAGGUCAAAGGCAAAAAGAAUGGAUUGUGGAGAUUGUUGCACACGAGCUGGCCCACCAGUGGUUUGGAAACCUUGUGACGAUGAGAUGGUGGAAUGACAUUUGGCUGAACGAGGGCUUCGCCACCUAUAUGGCCAACCUGGGUCUCGCCCAGGAAGAACCUACCUGGAACAUGAAACAAAUGAACGAAAUGAGGCAGCGACAAAAUGCAUUCGAGGUGGACGCUCUGAACUCCUCUUAUCCUCUCAGUUCUCCUGCAGUUGACAUCCAGGAUCCUGGUCAGAUCGACGAGAUGUUCAGCAGCAUCUCCUACUUAAAGGGCGGUGCCGUGCUGAGGAUGCUGGAGGACUUCAUGACUGAGUCAUCGUUUCAGAAAGGGAUCAAAAUGUAUCUGAAGGAAUUCCAGUAUAAUAGCGUCGAAACAGAUGAUUUGUGGGAAUAUAUGCAGAAGGCCUACGAGGGAGAUAAUGGCGUCUAUGAUAUUCCUGAAGUGAUGAACACAUGGACCCAACAGAUUGGGUAUCCUAUCAUCACCAUCAACACCAGCAAUGGAGAGGUCUACCAGAAGCAGUUCACGCAGGACCUGUCAAUAGAAUCAGGUCAGGUAUGGCAAAUCCCGAUCAGAGUUAUGUCAGAGACGGCUAACCCCUCCUUUGUCUUGCUGACCGACGGUAACCCAGUAAGGAUGGAGAAUUUCAUCUCCAAUGGAGGAAAGUGGAUUCUGGCCAAUGUCAAUGCUACUGGAUAUUACAGGGUGAACUACGACCCAGAGAACUGGAAGAGACUCAUGGAUCAGCUAGAGAGCAACCCCAAUGCUAUACCACUCAUGAACAGAGGACAACUUAUUGACGAUGCAUUUCACCUGACCAGGGCCAAAAUGGUGAACGUGACGCUUGGACUGAACACCACUCGAUUCCUCCAGAAUGACACGGCGUGCCUCCCCUGGUCCACCGCCAUCCAGAACCUCAACUACUUUGUUGAGAUGUUUGAUCGCUCCUUGGUCUAUGGUCCCAUGCAGGCAUAUAUGCGAAAGCUGGUUACGCCGCUGUAUAUGCACUUCCAGGACUACACAGACAACUCAACAAUUCCAAUUGAACUUUAUCAGCAGCAAAAUCAGCUAAAUGCCAUCAACGUGGCCUGUUCAAACGGACUCCCAGAGUGUGAGAUCAUGGCUGUCAAGAUGUUUAGGAACUGGAUGAAGAAUGAAACUUACAACAGCAUCCAUCCCAACCUGCGGCCUGCCAUCUACUGCCAGGCGUUGGCUGCAGGGGGGGACAUGGAGUGGGACUUUGCGUGGAGGAAGUACCAGGAAUACACCAUAUCCCCAGACAAACACCUCAUUGCUCAUGCACUCUCCUGCACCAAAAAGAUAUGGCUGCUUAACAGAUUACUGGAAUACACACUGGACCCUGAGAAGAUACGCAAGGCUGAUGUUUUCGAGACCAUUAUGAAUGUUGGCGCAAACGCAGUGGGGCAGGGCUUGGCGUGGAACUUUAUCCGUGCACACUGGGAAACCUUUCAUGAGGAACGUAGAAUGGGUGUGAGUAUUGCACUUCGGGAGGUCACCAAGAGGUUCUCCACAGACUUUGAACUGCAGGAGUUGAGGCAGUUCCAGGUGCUGCAGAAUGCAACAAGUAACAUGCUUAUGAACCAGGCAAUAGAGCAGACCCAAGCAAACAACCAGUGGGUCAAGGAGAACAAGCAAACGGUACUGGAAUGGUUCCUGGCAGAAACAGGCUCCGAGGAGUGGUACAGCACAUAAUCUUUUUAGCAAGCCUUGUAUAGAACUGAACUUUGCACUUUCAAAAAAGGAAAAUAAAAAAAUGAAACUUGAUGUACCAAAGUUUACAUGCAGACUUUGAACAAACCAUUAAAAUCCUGAGUGAUCAAAUCAUAA